AUGGCUAGCGGCAGCAACUCUUUUAAACCCGCUCUUAACUCGACUGAAGAGGCGUCGAGGCCAGCUUUUUCGUCGCCACCUCCGUAUCGCUCCUCACGAGAAACAAGCCCAGUGAUCGAGUCUCAGGUAAAGCUCGAGACCUCGUGCAUGCUGCCGCUUCCAGCAUCCGAGUCGUCCUCGCGACACGGCAUCAAGAUGCUCGGUAAAAUCGGAUUUGUCCCCGGCUGGGAAGGUCUUCGAGGCUUGGCAGUCUCCCUCGUCAUGGUUUCGCACGUCGUUCCUCAAAAGGAGAUGCUCGGCACUCUGGGUGUCGGCGUGUUUUUCGUCCUUUCGGGCUUCCUCAUCACGGGUGUGCUCAUGUCGCAAAUCGAAAAGCAGGAGCAAGCACAGCAGGACUCGGCCCCUGCCGCUUCGGCAUCGGCAACCCAAAAGAUCUCACUUCAGCGUUUCUCGUUCCUGCCAAGGUUCUACAUGGAUCGAUUCGUUCGAUUGACGCCUGCGCUCGCGCUCAUGGUGGGUCUGGUGGCCAAGAUCGGCCUGCGUCUCGGCGUGCCUGCUGCGGUACUCAAGGCCGACGCUUUGUCCGCUUUCUUCUACGUGCACAACAUGUACCCACUCCAGCCCGAAGACAACCGACUCAUGUACCCGGGGCUCUACCUCAACACAUGGUCGCUUGCAGUCGAGGAGCAGUUUUAUAUCUUCUGGUCUCUACUCAUUCCCUUUAUCAUGCCGCUCUCGCUGAAGCGUAGAGCCCUGGUGAUGGGCUUCCUCGUCCUCGUCGGUUUCUACAUCCGUGACUACAGCGGGUACGCCUUCCUGUCGGACAAUAUGUACGGCAUCGACUACCGAUAUGCAUACUCGGCCAACGCCUGGAAGAUGUUUAUCGGAUGCUCGGCACGUCUUCUGCCCGUCCCCGAGAUCUGCACUCGAAAGUGGGUGGGCACCGUCAGCACGCUCGGCUUCUUCGUCCUGGCUUACAUGUGGGGUUACGGCCUGGCGGCAGCCGGGUUUGACUUCCGCACCUCGGGCAGCUGGCUCGAGCUGUUCACUUCGCUGCAUGUGUUGCUCAUUCUGCUGGGAAGCAUCAACGGCAACCCGAUCCUCGAGUCGAAGCUGUUCCGCUUCCCAGGCAGGAUCUCGUACUCGUGGUACCUGUGGCAGUUCCCGCUGCAGGCGCUCCACGGCUGGCCUGUUAACAACUGGGGUCCUACGGGUCUUGCUUUCAUGGUGUCCACGUUCACCACGUUCAUGAUCGAAGAACCCAUCAGGAACAAGUACCACGCCUGGAAGAACCACAAGGCGGCCACACAGAGCGAGGAGGAUAAGCACCACGCCCGUCGCGAUGAUUGA